AUGGACAUGGACUCGAACCCUGCGAAACGAAGGAAACUAGACCACGAGUCCCACGGUCUCGUCGCAAAUGGCAGCGCCGCUCUGGAUGCCGCCGCCCAAGCAGGCACUCCCCGACCAAGCACCUUCGCUUUGCAGGCCCAAGAACUUUUGAACGAGGUUCGCCUGGACUACAGCAAGACCUUCGCCGGUGCCGACGAUCUUUUGCACCGCAUCAAGUCCACUAUCGAAGAAACCAAGCCUCAUGGCCCUACUCCCAUUCACCAGGCUUCCAAGAGCCUCGAGGCGACACAAGGUCUGCUCGUGCCCUUUCCCGAUCCAGGACCGUCCCAAGAUUCGCACUACAAGGUCUCAUUCGCCGCUCCGGCUCAGUUCAAUGUUGUCGGAAGCUACGUCUCCAAGACAAUGGUCAGAUCCCAAGGCCGCCAUGCCAUUGACAUGAUUGUCGAGAUGCCCAAGGACAUCUUUCAAGACAAGGACUACCUCGACCUCAGAUAUUUCUACAAGAGGGCCUACUACCUAGCCGUCCUGACCGCCUCCGUCCGCAACGAGCUUGGCUCUACUGUUGUGUUCGCCUACGAAUAUUGCAGUGGAAACCGCCUGCUGCCCAUCCUCAACCUGGCCUUGGAGAACCACACAAACGGGUACCAUAUACGGAUCAUUCCGUGCGCACCACAAGGCUUGUGCCCAAGCCGGAAGCUCUUGCCUACGGCCUGUUGCAUUCGGUCUGUCCCAGAUGUCGGCGGGGACCCCAGAGCCCCAACACCUUUCUACAACUCUACAUUGAAGGCCGAGAUGUGCUACUUCAGCUAUCUCAAGGUCCUUCGCCAGGCAGAGAAGGCUUGCGCGGCCUUCAGAGACGCCUGUAUUCUAGGGCGUAUCUGGCUACUCCAACGCGGCUUUGGGGGCUCGCUUUCCAGAGGGGGGUUCGGUCACUUCGAAUGGGCGAUUCUCACCGCGCUGCUAUUACAAGGCGGAGGUCGGAGGGGGGUUGCGCCUCUGUCCUCCUCAUUCAGCGCCACCCAAAUUUUCAAGGCUGUUGUACAGUAUCUCGCCACUGUUGAUCUUUGUCGCAAGCCUCCCGUCCUCGGCUCAUCUAACGACGGGCUGGAUGCUCUGAAAGAAUCCGGGCCAAUCAUUCUCGACGCCGCUCGACAGCUCAAUCUGGCCUAUAAGAUGAGUGAUUGCUCUGCGUUCACACUGCAACAACACGCCAGGUGGACGCAAGCAUCGCUGGCUGAUCAGGCUGCUGACCAGUUCAAUCCGACCUUUAUCAUUAAGGCUAAUAUGCCUCUUCACAGCUAUGACGCUCUCGUACAGAUUAUGUACCCACAAAGCACAGAUGCGCACAACACUGGCGAUUACCGGGGUCUGGCGGCCCAACGUGGGGACCAGGCCAUGGAUGUCCUGAGAAGAGCACUGGGCGAUAGAGUGCAGCUCAUACAUGUAGAAAGCGGCGACGAUUCGAGUGAAGCUGCCUGGGAACUCACUUCGUCACCGCCUUCGAGUCCCCCUCACUUGCUGGUGGGGGCGCUCUUCAAUACGGCCAACAUGGCGAGACAAGUUGACCAAGGUCCUUCGGUUGAGGACAAACAAGCCGCAAAAGAGUUCCGUCGAUUCUGGGGUCAAAAAGCUGAAUUGAGACGCUUUAAGGAUGGUAGUAUCCUAGAGAGCUUGAUUUGGACGCAAGCUUCGCCGCUAAGCCUCUGGGAAGAGAUCACCCGGUAUGCUCUCAAAUUGCACCUGCAGAUACAGGAUGAUCAUCUUGAGUACUACGGGGCCGACUUUUCAGCAAUAAUCCCUAUCAAAGCCUCCGACACGUCUGCGUUCCAAGCUGCCAGGGAGGCCUUCACUAUGUUUGAGGCGGAUUUACGUGGACUGAGCCAUCUUCCCCUCCAGAUCAGGCAAGUGUCCGCGGCAGCACCCGAACUACGGUCUGCGUCGGUGCGGCCGCCAUCUUUUAGCACUUCAAGAGACACAACGCUGCCGAUGGACACCAUAGUCUACUUCGAAGCCUCGGGCAAGUGGCCUGACAAUCUAGCUGCGAUACAGCGAACGAAAGUUGCCUUUCUACUAAGAAUUGGCGAGCUCCUUACCGAGUCCAGGGCCGGAGUGGCUUGCCGCGUUGGGCUGGAGGACGCACAAACGGAAAUAGAGAACCUGGCUUUCCUGGAUAUUACGUAUGAGGGGGGCACCUCUUUCCGUUUGAGGAUACACAGUGAUCUCGAGGAGAGUCUGCUGCAGAGGCGAACCGGGGAAAAGACUCUCAACCAGCACGUGCGAACCCAAAGUGCUCAGUUGCAUAUCUCAUUCAAACGCAUUUACACACUUCUCCCGCUUCACACGCAGACAAUGUUGAUACUCUGCACUCGGUUCCCCGCCUUAUCCGCUACUAUCAGGUUGGUGAAACACUGGUUCAACUCCCACAAGCUCUCGUGCCAUUUCUCGGAGGAACUGGUGGAGCUGUUUGCCUUGCGAGUCUUCCUGGAGCCUUAUCCGUGGCAAGCACCAUCGAGUGCCAUGACAGGUUUUCUACGAACGCUGCAAUUCUUGUCCAGGUGGGACUGGCGGACGGAGCCGCUGGUUCUGGACUCGACUGGGGAGCUCCCAGGGUCUGAGCGGUCCGCUGUCGCUACAAGGUUGGAGGCCUGGCGCAAGAUCGAUCCUGGCAUGAGCCACACAACGAUGGUUGUAGCCACGUCUCAAGAUACCUCUGGCACCGCCUACACCAUAAAAGAUGGGCAGCCUCUGCCGUCGAGAGUCAUUGCCACCCGUAUGACCACACUGGCAAGAUCAGCGUGCAAGCUCGUUAAAGCUGAAGGAGUUGGUCUGGAAACGAGGAAACUCUUCUUGCCUUCCUUGAAAGACUACGACGUCCUGAUUCGCUUAAGCGGCAAGGCUAUGAGAAGAGCUGCCAGCUCUAAUGAUGCAUUGAAACAGUCACAGUUCAAGAAUCUGGAUGGCCGAACUGGGCGGGCAAUGCAACCUGCGCUUCAGCAACCAGUCAGAACUUUGCUGAUGCAACUCAACAACCUCUUCUCCGAGCCGCUUCUCUUUUUCCACGGUGCACCAGAAGACACGGUCAUAGCUGCAAUUUGGAACCCUCAAAUAAAGCGGCGGACAUUUAGGGUCAACCUCCCUUGCUCAUUCAAACCCGAGGCAUGCAAAGACAAGGAGGAAGUUGGUACGAGUGAUGAGCGUGUUAAUGUUAACCGAGAAGCAAUCAUUGCCGAGGUCGCCAGAUUCAUACACUACUCUUAA